CAGCUGACUGACACUGCAAAUCUUUCUAAUGUAUUUGAAUAUAAACUCUCGUCUGGAUUAGCAACAUUCUCAUAUUAUCUUUACAUUGCUCUAAGUCUCCUCCUCGCAUCUUGACUUGCUGAAUGGGGGCUCGAGGCUAGGUUGACGCUGAAUCCGAAGUUGGUGAGCGAAGCUGGAAUUGAUACAAAAGACCCGCAACAAUUCAGACGACGCCGAUGCAAAUAUCUCUGUCAGUUGCACUUAGAUCACCUGAGCAACCUCUUGACAAAAAGAGAUCAGAAAUACUUGGGCGACGACAAUUUCCCCCAAGUCACCUGACCUGCUUCAUGAGGAGUAAGGUACCUACCUACCUUGAAGCAUCGCCUCUAUACGCAAGAAUACAUAGACUGGCGGACUGGAGAAUUUCAAUGGGUUAUAUUGAAUAGAAGCUUGCUAGCCGUCAUGGAUCCUCCAUUUGUUAAGCUGAAUCCGGAUCAGAGACAUAGCUCAAAGAGUUCGGAUUCAUCGGAUGGGUUCAGCCUCCAGGGCUCAGUGUCAGGAUCUCAAAGCACUGCUCAGUCUACACCUCCAGGUAGCCCUCCAUCAGAUCCGGGCACGCACAACACUUCACGAGCCAGAUAUCAUAUGAAAGAUAUUGGCGAGUUUGCAGAGGCUCUUGAGACUGUACCUAUCAUUCCAAUAUUUUAUAGCAGAAGAAAAGUUACUAAAUUUCCCUCCAGUCAGCCAACCGAGCACUUCCGAAUCGUGGACUUACCCGUUACAGAGACGUCCAAGUCCUGCUCCUGCGAUGGGAAGAAGACGAGCUAGAAGUAGAAUGGGAGCUCAACGAUCUCGCCAAAGUCUUCGGAGACUACGGUUUCACCACCGAGACUUGGUUGAUUCCAACGAAGUCACCGUUGAGGAAGAUGAUGGCAAAGGCGCUUGAGUUCAUUGAUGAUCACGAAAAUCCGGAUACGUUACUCAUUGUUUAUUAUGGAGGACAUGCGAAGAUCAAUGAAGCGAGACAGUCGACUUGGUCAUGUACUCGAAACAUGAGUUAUAGCUCCUUCGAAUGGAACGCCUGCCAGAGUCUAUUCGAACAAUCCACAUCAGACACCCUAUUCCUCUUCGACUGCUGCUCCGCAGCAGCUGCAGCUUCAUCUGUCCCAAGCCGCACAAACGCCAUCACAGAAACCAUCGCUGCAUGUGGCUGGGAGACGUGGGCUCCUGAGCCUGGUCGUCACUCUUUCACCAAUGCUCUCAUUGAAGUCCUGGAAGAGUGGAUCGACCGAAAAUCGUUCUCGGCUGCGAUGCUGCAUAGUGAGGUUCUGUCUGUUCUUAAAGCGACGAGACCGAAGAAGAGACUCGAGAUUAGCAAGACGCCUAUUUACAUUGUUACGACGUCGAAUCCCAAGACUUGCAGUAUUGAGAUUCGUAGGCGAUUUCAAGGCUCCAUGAGCCAGAGCUACGCUCAAUCCGAGCCAUUUGCGUCAGACCAGGCACCGAUACGAGCUUCUGUACCUGAAGUGGUAGAAGUCGACGACAAGUUUGACUUGUCAUCACUCGUUGCGACACUGCCAGACAAUACAUUCACAAUACCCCACAUCAUCAUGUCGGUAGCCCUCGAGACAGAUCAGCUGCUGGAUGUCAACGCUUUCGAGCAGUGGAUGAAGGACUUCCCCGCACUUGCCAAAUACGCGAAGAUACAGGGUGUCUACCAAAGUUAUUCCACACUGGUACUGCUUUCUGUACCCGUGGCUGUGUGGAACCUCCUCCCAGAGAAUCCAGCGUGUAACUUUGUCGGUUACACGAAGUCGGACAACUUGCUCAGGCCUAAGAUUGACUCAAAUAAAGGAGGAGUGACGGAGGGUAUCGACGAGGUGGAGCCGGUGAAGCGUUGUUUAGCUGAGAUUUCGUUCGAUCAAGCCGAUGUCGCCAUACCUGCCUUCAAGUUUAAUCCACCUGCGACCCGGGGACUUAGAUGGCCAUCACUUGACCCAUUCAUGUUGACGCCACGAACCUCUCGCGAGACAUCACAAUUAGCUAUUAACUACACACAAAGCCCAAUCUCCAGCUCACGACCAAGCCUCGAAGCAGCAAUCACGCAGAGCCUAGGACUUCCGCCAAAACAUUGGGCGCUUACGGUCCAGCAUAGUACAGGCGAGGUCAAGAACUUCACAUCGUCAUCGCUGGCACCAUAUUGCGACGAGAUAUUGACGAUUAAGUUCACCAAGAAAUUUAAGAAGUACACCGAGCGAGCUGAUGGCCCAAAGUCACAACAAGUCGAAUAUAAUUCAGGCUACUACAGCGAAGAAUCCAGCACAAGCCUACGCCCUCAGUCUCGUGUCGGCUACCACGAUUGGGAUUCCGACGAAUCCGGUGACCUCGUAUUAGUUCAGAAGGGCAAACGGCGCCAACCUCACUGGACCCCCGAUUCCGAAGAAUCCGAAGAAGAAUUAUUCGCACCCCUCCCAAACACCAAGCAAAAACCCACAACACUGAGAAUAGGAAACGAAAAAGAGCUGGAGAAGUUCUACCACGCGCGAUUCACCGAACUUCAGAAUACGCCAUGCAAGAUCCUAGCUAAAGCUUUCGUCAAAGCCGUUGAACCGAGGAAACAAUCGAGAUAUCCUUACAGCAAGGGCCAGAUAAACGCGCCACCAUGGUGGCCUGCGCUGAGUGGGACGAAUUCGGUGCGGCAUAAGGAUCCGGACCAUCUGUUCAAACAAGAGCGCAUCCAACUCCUCGUCCACAUCCUCCGCAUGAGCAUGGAGCCUGUCGCAUCCCAACACCCCUCCUUCCAAGACCAAGAUAUCAACAUCCAGAAACUAGAAGGUGUCUCUUCCGAAGCAUUAUUUUCAUGGUUCAUAGAUCCUGAGAAUCCAGAAAACAUGUUUCGCGCGCCAUUGAUGCGAGAGCUGUUCACAGUCGCAAAGUAUGAGGAGCGGUAUAAGAAUGGUGAAAUUGAUGCUGAUACGGAGAUCUCUGUCAUGUAUCUGGGCAGUCUAGAAGAGGAGUCUGGUGAGGAUGAGGAUGAGGAUGUGGCAGUAAUUGAUAUGCACGCUGCGCCAACUUCUACCGUGGUGGAGAAUCAAACGCCAGGGCCUGCACGCGGUUCAAGUUAUCUUGAACUUGGGAAUCAAUGGCGGCAUGGAUUGAAUUAAAGUUCUAGUUUUUGUUUAUACACAAUAUAAUCCUUCGCUUGACCAAAAGCUUCGAACAUUCCUUCUCCCAAGUGUCGUCGCCCACCAACCUGGGGGGAGGUCUCCGAUCUCGCUUAAAAUUCCCGCCCCACUCUCAUCAACAUCAACAAAAACCCAAAACAAAAGACCAAAAACAUCACCAGAAGCUCACACAAACCACAAGACCCGCCUAAAUUCUUCGCCUCCAUCCAAAAAUCUAUACACAAACAAAAUGGCCAAAAACAGCAAAACUCGACUGGAAGCCCAACACUCGGAUGCGUGAGAGGUCCCAGUUUACUAUACGCAACUUAAUAUGUUUUCUAACGAUUCCGCCGUGUUUGUUGUUAGAUAUUUGGUUUUGGAUACGGUGUUGGCGACUCGGAAGAACCGGGUUCGCCCCUGUUCAGGACGGUGGCCCGGUUGUGGUAGGGAAUUUGCUUAUUUCGUUAUAUUUGUGAUUCAGAGGUGGAUGGAUUUUUGGUGGGAGUUGGGCGAAGUUGGAUUAGAUGUUGGCAUGCCGGUGAAAUUGAUGGUCUCAGCAACCAGCAACACCCUGCCGUUGCUGAUCUCCACCGACCUGCAACAUCACCAGUGUAUCGCAGCUUUCGUUGUCGUCCAUCGAGGAUCCAAUUCGGAUCGGUUGUGAAGAAUCUCUAUUCUGUAGCUGGACUGGCUCUUGGCAUUUUGUGUUUCGCUUUUCGGGUAAUCCUCCAUGGCUGGGAGUGGUUGAUUUGACCAGUAUCUGUACAUGCUCCCCUCCAAGCUCCUCAGCAUCUUGAAGUUCACGACUCAAAGCAGAAGGCUGUUUUGACCUCAGAAGAUGACCUAAUCUGCUCCCAAACUCACGAGUCUUGCUCGAUUCCCAUGUGGCCAUGUGCACACCAUCAUGAGUCCUGGAUAUUCGUUGCAAGAGACCUCGUUGAUUGAGGACUAAUUUUUCUUUUGUGAUUGUGGCGUGUGGUACCGUAAGCUGAGUCUGCAAUACCGUGAAACCUUUCGGGGUGCCAGAGAUAGGAUUUUCCGAAUUACACAGCGCUAUACAGUCCGUGGUAGGAUCGUACUCCUUGUGGAUUAAACAAGCAUCAUUCACAAUGGCAUACACAGCAGUGAGGUGGGAGUCUUCCAGAAACGCUACCCAGCGGUUCAACCGUGUCUGAACAGGCAUCGAAAGUUCUCUCUGUCCGUUCAAUAGUGCCGCACCAAAGCCAGAAGCUGACAUCCCAGUCUUAUCAAGUAGUUCGAGAACGCAGCAUACAAGUUCUGCCAUGUGAGUGCGUGACUUGUGGUGCUUAAGCCAAACAUCAACAAUGGCAUGAUCAGAUGAGCUAAGCAAAGCUGAUCGGAGGUCUAACCCAAAGUCUUUUUCUUUCCAAUCAGGAAACUGGCGCUCCAGCAGAGAUUGGACUUGUUUCAUUGCGAUAACAUCGCGAAGCUUCACGCGGCGAGCGUUGCCGGUGCAGUGGCUGAUUUCAACGCCUAGGUAUAAGUUCAAGACGUGGGGGUUGGCUCUGCUUGGCUGAUUUGUCCACGUGUUCCAUACGGACCGCUUCUGAGUUAUACAUGGCACCUUUUUCUGUGUGCCCAUCACGGAGAUACCAAUAUAUUGCGAAGCGGUGAAUCCGACUUGACGUUCAUCGUAGGCCCAGCUCCCAGCCAUCGUACCGAGAGGGCUCAUGCAUAGCCCAUAAUCGCGCUCUAGAUCAUAGAGCGAGUAGGUACAUUUGGGAUUGA